AUGCUCUUCAAUGCGCUGAUCCGAACACACCAUAUCACCUCUCGUAAGAAAGUCGCUGUUCUGAAAAAGGCCGCCGAUACAUACAACUGCUAUGUGCUCCUCCGGACAGGCGGCUGCCCAGGCGUAAUGUACGUCGAAAGCGGCCGCGAAGAGGACGUGAGCGCCUGGGUGAAUACUGUGCAGAGGUUAAGGUACAAGGACUAUCAGUUGGUGACGAGACCUGGUCCGCAGGCGGACGAGGGCUAUCCCAAGAGCAGCACCAUCUCGACUGAUCCUGGAUUGCGAGAGGUAGACUCCAUUAAGGAAUUCGGCUCUCUCAUGAAAGACCGAGGCGUGCUAGGCUGGUGGAGGAAGGGGAUGGGAUAUGCGCCGCGCUAG